GGUGCGAGUAUUUAUUCGGGUAGUUCUUUCCAUGCACGUGAAGAAUACUUAACUGAUAUACACGCUACAUGACAUAUCCCUUCACAAAACCAACGACGCUAGCUUUUAUAACUAACAUCAUCAAAUCUAAUCAUAUGUACAUGUACUUUCGAUUUUAUGAUUUUUGUCUAACACCGCCAAGACGUUGAAGCAAGAAGGUUUUCGAGGAGUUUGUUUCGAAAUUUCUCCUUCUUGUUCGCGUCUCUUUUAUCUCUUCAAUUUUUUAAUUUAUUUCCCAUUUUCUUGAUUUGCAAUUAUAAUUUCUUCCCUAUAUUUUCGAUCAUAUGAAGCCCCUCCAAUUUCACGCCAUUCUUGAUUGUUGAUUAUAUUACCACCACCCCUUUAUUUGUUGCAUCUCUGGGUGUUUUCCUUGGAGAUGGUGAAUGGGAAUCAAAGAGAUGUGCUUACUAAUGCAAAUGUAGGAAGUAAUAUAAAUGGUGUGAUUAUGAGGGGUUCAAACAGGAAUUUGGAGAAUAGUAACAUGGAGAGUGAGCUUGAGUUGCUGCUGAGAGGACGGCAUAAUCGAGGCGCGAUUGGACCGGAGAGGGAUGUGAACAUGUACAGGAGUGGCAGUGCUCCACCAACUGUGGAAGGGUCUUUGACUGCUGCAGGCAGUUUGUUUCAUAAUCAAAAUUUUGUUCUGGUUGACAAUAAUAGUAAUAAUACUAGUGGUAGUAGUACAGUUAAUGGUGCUUUAACGGAAGAAGAAAUUAGGUCUCAUCCAGCAUACUUGUCGUACUAUUAUUCACAUGAAAAUCAUAAUCCUAGACUACCCCCGCCUUUGAUGUCGAAAGAGGAUUGGCGAGUUGCACAGAGGUUUCAAUUAGGGGGGUCUUCGUUUGGUGGUAUAGGGGACCUAAGGAAGAAUAUGGUUGAUGAUGGAGUUGGUUCGUUGUUCUCAAUGCAGCCAGGUAUGCCUGUAAAGAGUACUGCCGAAGAUGAUCUAAUGGAAUUGAGAAAGACUGCUGCUAGGAAUAAUAUAUCACGGAAGAACUCUGCUGAGUUUGUAGACAGAGGGUCUGAUGGGGUAGUUGUGGGACCGAGAGCUGGAAUGGGUAUGCGCAGGAAGAGUUUUGCUGACAUACUUCAGGAAGGAAUCGAGCAACCAUCUUCCUUGUCAGGUCAUCAGUCACGACUUGCAAAUCGUAGUUCAUUUGGUGAAAUUGAAGAUGCAAGCAGUGUCUCUAGAUCUCAUUCACUAGAGUUUUUUAAUGGACCAACAGCCUCUGAGAGACUGCAUCCUGGGGCAGCUGCCACAGGUCUUCCUAGAGUCCAACACCAUGGUUCUCAACUGCCUAAUUCUUUUGCAUCUGCUGUGGGAUCAUCUUUGUCAAGAAAUAGAACACCCGAUACACAUCUGGCUGGGAGAUCUUUAAGCCCUAGCAUUGCUUCUGUAAGUAGUAGGAAUUCGCUUGUUGACGAUAAGAUUGGCAGAAGUUCCCUUAAUCAUUCUUCUAGUAUGACUGAACUUUCUGAUGUGGCUGCCUCUUUAUCUGGCUUAAGUCUUUCAAAACAUGACCUGGAUCCCUUACAAACACAGCUCGCUCAUAGAUUUGAUAAGCAAUGCGGAAAACAGUCUAAUAUGUCAAAUGGCUAUGGUCAGAGCUUGCCACAAUCCAAUGAAGUGUCAAGAGCUGAGAAGUUAGGUCUUGCUACCAACUAUGUUGAUUUACUAAAGGAAAAUGGACUUGCGACAGAUAUGAAUGCAGUGAAGCUAGGUUUAAAUGAACAAGCGAUCUUCCCAAGACGAACAUCUUCCUCUGCCAACCUGCAAUCAAAGUUGAACUCUUCCCGCAAUGCAAAUUUUGAAAAUCCUAACAUGCACUACCUAGCCGAGAACUACCCUCAACCGGAUUUUCAGGGUCAUCUGCAGACUGGGUAUUUUACUGAUCAGGAGCUAAAAGCAAUGAUCAGUAAUCAACUUAAUGCAGCUGCAACUUUGAGUAAUACUGGAAUGGUUCGGAAUUUAAGAAGUGGAAACCAGGCUGGGUUUGACCUUCAUUCACCAGUCAUGGAUCCCCGCUAUAUUCAGUACUUGCAGCAAUCUUCCGAACAUGCAAUGCAUGCUGCAGCUCUCUGUGAUCCUUCUCGGCGUGGAAAUGCUUCAGGGCCUUCCUUUGGUCAUGGAGAUCUGCAAAGUCUUCAGAAAGCAUAUCUUGCCACACUGGUCGCUCAACAGAAGCCACAAUUUGACUUGGGUAAGAACGGCCGCUUAAACCAUCAGUACUAUGCGAAUUCGUCAUUUGGCCCUAUGACAUACCAAGGAAACUUGAUUCCAAAUACUGUACCUUCCUUUGGAACCAAAGGUCCUCUGCUUCAAGAUGACAGAAUUUCAAAUUAUACAUCCAUGCUGCAAAAUCAAAUGGGAGGAUCUUCAGGGUCAUGGCAUUCUGAAACUGGAAUGAACAUGGAAAGAAAUUUUGCAUCAUCGCUACUGGAAGAGAUCAAAAACAACAAAUCCAAGUCUUUUGAACUUUUGGAUGUUGUUGAUCACGUUGUUGAUUUCAGCAAGGAUCAGUAUGGUAGCCGGUUUAUUCAGCAGAAACUUGAAACUGCCACAGAGGAAGAAAAGAUGAAGAUUUUCUCAGAAAUAAUUCCUCAUGCUCGUAGUUUGAUUACUGAUGUCUUUGGGAAUUAUGUCAUACAGAAAUUUUUUGAGCAUGGCACUGAAAGGGAAAGGAAAGAGUUGGCUAGUCAACUUAUUGGUCAUGUUUUGCCUCUGAGUCUACAAAUAUAUGGUUGCAGAGUUAUCCAAAAGGCCUUGGAGGUGGUUGAUGUUGAUCAGCAAACCAAACUAGUCGCAGAGCUUGAUGGUUCCAUAAUGAAAUGUGUUCGUGAUCAGAAUGGGAAUCAUGUUAUACAAAAGUGUAUUGAAUAUGUUCCUCAAGAUCGAAUUCAGUUUGUAAUAUCAUCUUUCUUUGGGGAAGUUGUGUCUCUUUCCACUCAUCCAUAUGGUUGUCGUGUCAUACAGAGGGUUCUUGAGCAUUGCGAUGAUCCUAAAACACAACAAAUUAUAAUGGAUGAAAUCAUGAAUUCAGUCUGCACUCUGGCACAAGAUCAGUAUGGAAAUUAUGUUAUUCAGCACGUCCUACAACAUGGGAAACCCCAUGAACGAUCUAUUAUAAUAGAAAAGCUCGCAGGACAGAUUGUGAAGAUGAGCCAACAAAAGUUUGCUUCUAAUGUUGUUGAAAAGUGCUUGACAUUUGGCGGUCCUGAAGAACGGCAACUUUUGGUGAAUGAGAUGCUAGGUUCCACAGACGAAAAUGAGCCUUUACAGGCUAUGAUGAAAGAUCAAUUUGGCAACUACGUGGUGCAAAAAGUUUUAGAGACUUGUGAUGAUCAUAGCCGUGAAAUAAUUCUCUCUCGCAUCAAGGUGCAUCUAAAUGCUCUGAAGAGGUACACCUAUGGAAAGCACAUUGUUUCUCGGGUUGAAAAGCUUGUAACCGCUGGUGAAAGGCACAUUGCGCUGUCUUCUUCUAAUUCGUCGCGAGGCAUUUCAAGCUAGAGAAUAAGAUGGAUUGCUGUACAGCUAAUGAACAGAAUGAAUAAUGGUGAGGUGGAGAUGUAGUUAAAGUUGUAAAUAAAGCUGAAACAAGUUUUGGUUUCUUUGUGUUCAGCUUGCAAUCUGUAAGUAGUAAACACUGGUAGUAGAAGCUAGAUCACAUGUAAGUAAGGAGCUUGAUGAGAUGCCAAGUUUUAGUAUAUAUAACUUGUGCCUUCUCUGUUUUUCAUUUUUUGUGUAAAGACUGGUGUAUGGGAUUGCAGGACCUGAUUCUGUUUCUG